UUUCCUUUUUAAAAUAUAUUUAAUAACAACAUAUAGAGAGAAAGAGAGAGAGAAGAAAAAAAAAAUGUAUCAGCAUGUGAACUUGGACAAGCGUCAUUCAUUCCAAAUAUACAAACAUGAAAAGAUUAUUAUUAUAAAAGCUUCUAAAUAAAUCAUUCUGCAUUACUAUUUGUUUGAACAUCGAACGGUAAAGACGUGUUUUAUUUUUGUCGUAUCAAUUCGUUUUUGUUUUUUUGUUCGAAGACGUGAAGAGGAAAGAUUUUCCACAUAUUUGAGUGACAGGAAAAUUCAUAUUAUACAUCCAUAGCUGCUAAGAGAGCAAAGAUGCACUGUGAUUAAAUAUAAUGAUUGUAAAUGAGAUUAUUACAGCAAUUACUGUAUUAAAAGUUGUUGAGACCUAAAGCUAAGAAUAUUUUCGAAAUAUAUUAUUUUAUAAAAAAAAAAUAUCGAAGAAAACAGAGCACGAUGAAUAGAAACAAAGUGAAGUGCGAUGCUAAACAUCAAUUAAUGUUGAUAAGAAAAUGUGUUUGAUAAAUUAAAAAUAAAAAAAAGAAGUGAUCGUGAUAAGAGAUAAAAACGCGCAAGAAAAAUAACUGAAAUAAAUGCAUAAUUUACUGCAUUAUUAAAUUUCAAUAGCAAAGUGAACAGCAGCGCAGUAACCUCAACCAACAGUAGCAGUUAAGACCUCCCCGCAAGACUGAUCAGUAGUUUUUUUUUACAUUUUUAUUAUUAUUAUUACUCCUAUUUUUAAUUCAAUAACGACUAAAAAAAAUCAGCAGCAUGGCAUCCUUCUCAUCACAAUUCCAAUUCUAUCACACAAGACAACAAAUUCACAGAAUCUUAUUGACGGUAAUUUUCUCAGCCAUUUUCUUCAGUCAGGGCAGUUGUUCCAGAUUAUGGACAGGGACUGGCGUUGUGAUACCUGAAACUGUCAAUGCAUUAGUAGGUAGCUCAGUAGAUGUAAUUUGUACACUAAAUUUGACGAGAGAAGAUGGACGCAACAGCUCGUACCUUUAUUUUGGUCAUAACGGGAAGAGAAUUCCACAAAAAGAGAUUACGAUACUCAACUCAUCAUCAAUCCUGUGGCACGUGGACCGCGCAGAAUUAAACCACACAAAGCGUUACAAAUGUCUCCUGCAAACGCCAAACGGCACCGAAGGAGUCGGCAUCGUCAACGUCUACGUGGACUACAAACCCGACAACGUCACCGACUUCAAAUGCCACUCCUACAACUGGCAAAACUUGACAUGCAGCUUCACGAGACCUCAAACGAAUUUUCCCAUCAAAUACGAGUUGUGGUACUUCACCAAUUUACUCAAAUACUACAAAAACCCGUGCGUCUUGAAGAGUGUGGAGAACACGAUGAUCCAAAUGUGCGAAAUUUCCAAUGCGCAAUACCGCAAAACGCACAAUUACUUCAAUUUCACGCUGCAAAUGAUCAGCGAGUUGUUCAACGAGACGCAGCACUUUAACGUGAUGAAUUUCGAGACAAUUGUGCCGGCGCCGCCCGAGAAUAUCGUACCGAAAUUUGUCACCUCACGAAAUGCGACGAUUUUCUGGACCUUGAGUGAUCAGUUAAACACGCUGCCAAAGGGUUACAACGUGAAUUUCGUGCAUGACGUGCGAAUUUUAUCGGAAUUUGAUAACAAAGGUGACAACAACGAUACUGUCUGGCGGGUUAUUGACCCGAAACGAGUGCAACAAGAGAAACGAAAUGACCAAAAUUUGGGAUAUUUUGUAGUUUUGGAUGAUUUACCUUACGCCAAUGCUUGGUAUGACGUCAGAAUUCGUGUCCGCACCGAUCGUUCAAGCGACACAGAAGACAUGUAUUCCGCCGUUGGUACCACUCCGGUCCAUACUGAAGCCCGCAUUCCCGAUCGCCCCCCAAAAAUGGACGAAGGAGCAUUUUUCAUCAACGACGACAACGAUAUUUACAUUUUUUGGGAGGAACUCCUCAAAUCUGAGCGAAAUGGACCGAAUGCUAGUUACGUGGUGACUGAAGUUCGCGAAAAUGACCGCCAGGUGUCUCGCGUUCCGGUCGAAACGAAAAAUACCUUUGCCAAGUUCAGCAAGACCGACAUGUACGCCGAAUAUAAAUUUGUGGUGCGAAGCCAGAAUAGUUUGGGAAAAUCAACGCACGGAAGUUUAAUCCGAAUUCCACCGAAAGCCGACCGUUUAAGACACCCGCUGAACUUGAAAAAAAUCUCACAAGAUGGCGUUUACAAUUUAUCAUGGGAAGAUCCGUACAAAGGCACACAAGAUGUCAGUUACACCGUUUUUUGGUGCAAACCCUUGAAUUCGCUGCCGAACGCUUGUGACGGCGAAUUUCAUUUUGCGCGCGUCGAUCAGUCUGUCAACAACUUCACGUUGGAGCAAAAUGGCUCGAUAAAUUUCGCCGUGUCGACAAAUAACGGAAAAAGCAGUUCCGGCAUGGUUUGGGCCAUGUGCACGGCUGCUCAAAGUAGCGACAUCGGAAAAAUCAAGACAAUUUGGAUCACGCAGAUCGGAUCGAGUCACAUGGAGCUCAAAUGGAAGCUCGAUUGCAUGUACGAUUCCAUCGUCAAAGGCUACGAAAUCAAGUUUUGUCCGAUUCGGGACCCUGUAACGCUCGAAUGCAAGGAAAAAAGUCAGAAAAAUAUCACGAUAAAUCAAACGGCGAACAAUUAUACGCUUACCGGGCUGAAACCUUACACGACAUAUAAAAUUGUGUUGUCAAUGUUCUCGGAUACGCGACAUGGGCCGGAUAGUGACCCCCUACAGAACACAACGCUUGAGGCGAGACCAACGCCACCUAUCGAAUUUAAGGCGUACGACGUGCGAAAUACUUCGAUGAAGCUGGAAUGGAAGCGUCCGCGUGAUAGUAACGGCGUUUUGAUGUACUACAGCAUCUUUUACAACGGCAAUCACAUCGAAGUCUACAACGUCACGAACGACACGACGAAGGAACCUUACGAGAAAAUGACAUAUCUCCUGCAGAAUCUCACGAGUUUCACGAAUUAUGAGUUGCUGGUGAAAGCUUGCAAUCAAUUUUGCUCGGAAAAUAGCAACAAAGACAACAAAACGACGGCAAUUGGCAUCCCUGGGAGCAUGGGUCAAGCUUCCUCGACGACACAUUCGAACAAUGCCAAUGAAAUUGAGGUGAGUUGGACCCCGCCCAAGGUCAAAAGUGGUCACAUUAACUUCUAUGAACUCCGUUCGGUGUCGAAAUAUCGUGGAAAAAUCGUUGAUGAAAAAAUUGUGAGGAUCGAAAGUAAACAUUUGUCCUGCAGAAGGCCAUCGCCAUGCGUUCCCAACAUUGAUACCAUUGAAUUUUCCGUGCGGGCGGUAAAUAUCAUCCGAAGUCCACAUGCCCCGGAUGACAACUCCAUGACGACACAAGUGACACAAAAGUAUCGUGACACCACGCACAACAACCGGAUCGAUACGGACGACGAAAUGGCAGUUCAUAGCACGAAACACCCCUUGCGACACUUUUCCGGGCAUCAUCAAAGUUGCGAAGUCGAGGAUAAAGCGUACAUCAAUUGGCUCGACUCGGAUAUGUACCCGGAAUAUCUGAAAGGGGAAUGGUCCAAGGCGAUUGUGACGAAUUGCAUGCAUUAUGGCGGAAUUGAUGCGAAAACGAUUGUGACGAUGAUCUGCAGUCUCGUUUUGAUGUGCACUAUGUUGGGUGUCGGUUACAAAUUCUAUCAGAAAAUUAAGCAUAUGAAGAAUAUUUUGAUCGUGUUACCGGCUGAGCUGCAGGAUAUUCAGGAGGAAAAGCGUCCAGAUAAUUUUGAUGGUGGAAAUGGGGCGAAAAAGCUGGCGAAACCGGAUAUUAUUAUGGAUAAUUUGGGUUCGGUGUAUGAGGAGGAAGAUCGGUUGCUGAGAAAACGGACUGAUACGGAUAGUAGUGCGCAGAAUAAUAGCGAGGAAAGUAAUAGUACGGCGGAAGCUCAUGAUGAUUGCUUGGAAGAUCAGUCGUAUGACGUGAUGGGAUUGAUUGAUGAUGGAAGUCAGUCGUCGAAUCAUUCGAUGUCGAUGGAUAAUGACUUUGAGCCAAACCAACAACCCUCUUACACGAGUCAAUUCAUUCCGGGCAAUCCCACGUCAACUCCCACACAAGCUCCAACGAUGCCAUAUCCCGUAAUAAUGUCGAACGGAUACUGCAAGCCAAGUUCCAUGUUACAACCGAACGCUUCUGGCUACGUCCAACACACAGCCAUGACUUCAGCACGACCCGCACCACCAACUAAUCCAGCAUCUUACAUACCAUACAACCCCGUUGGCAGACCAGUAACAUCAUUGGCGCCCGAAAACACAGCAGACAUUAACAACAGCAAAAUGGGCAUGAAAACUCCGAUCGUCGCUUCGACAGAUGCAAAUGGAAUUUCAGGAUACGUCACUCACAAACAACUUUCAGACUUUGGACAUCGAAUGCAAUAAAAGAAACUUAAAAUCGAAUUAGAAACUUUGACUCAGGUACAUGUACCGUCAAAUUAUAAUGCGACUCCAGAUGGCCAGAAUUUUUGGAAAAAUUAAAAAUUUUUAAUUAAAUUCAUCAAAAAAAAAUUUUUUUUGAAACUCGAAUUAUCCAAAAAUUCGUUAGACAUAAAAAAUGGUCAUCUUGACGUUUUGCAUUGUAACAAAAAAAAAAAUCGAAUAUUUAUCAGUGAUACUGCUAUACAACAGAAACUUUAAAAAAAUUGAUGAUUUCUUAUUUAGGACGAUAAAUGAACUUUUUUAAGUUAAAAAAAACUUAUUUUUAAGGAACAAAAAGAACAAAGAGUUGUGACACAAAAGAAAAAAAAUAUAUACACACACAUAAACAUUAUAAAGUUUAAAAAAGUAGCUUGUAAGACCCUCACAAAUAUUAUACAUACAUAUAUUAUAUAUUAUAUUAUUACUAAAGAUAAUAUUGGAAUAUAUUGAUGGACUCAAAAAAAAAUUAGGAUGUAGAAAAAAAAACUAGAACGGACUGGUGUUUAAAACUUCCUGCAGGUCGGAUUUUCUAGAAUUUAACAAUGAUGAACGCCCAACACGAAAAAAAUUGACCAGUCCGUCCGCUUUUGAAGCAUUUAUUUCCCGACACGAAAAAAAUUAACGUCAAUUUAAAAAAAAAUAUAUAUUUAAUCUUUGAAGUGUAAACUGAAACAAAUUAACUAUUUCUGUACAACUCUUAAAGUUUUUAACGAAAAAAAUAAGUGUUAAAUGUAAAACAAUUAAAAAAAUAAUAAAUUACAAGAAAAGACCAACAAGUAGAUAAAAAUGGAACAGACACAGGUUUAUUUUACUCACUUGUUAAAAAAAAUAUAAAAAUAUGCAUUUUAGAAAUUUUCGCACAGAAAAAAUAAAAAAAUGGUUUCGAUGGAAAAAAUUACCAGUCGUUUCCACGGAUUUGAGAAAUGUUUCAGUAGACAAGAAAAAAAAGACAAAUUUAGGCCUAUAAAUGUCCAGAACAACGAUAAAUUUGUAUACAAAUUUUUAGUGAAUAUUAAAAAAAAAGUAGGCAAGCACUAAAAAAAUAAUUUAAAAAAAUUAAUUUAAAAAAUUAUUAUUUCAAUUAAAAAAAAAAUUUUUUUUCAUAAAUAUGCUUACCCGAUAAAUGUAAAAAAAAAUAAUUUUCUUGCCAUUUAUUUCCUUUAAAUGCCUUAAAUAUUUUUUUUUGCCUUUUUCUUCGCGCAGACAUUAAAUGCCAUAAAUUCCCGAAAAAACGACGUUCAUCCACAAAAUGAUACCUGAAGUAGCAAAAAAUGAAUUCAUAAAAAAAUAAAGUAUUAAAAUAUGAAUCUCAAAAUAAAAAAUCUAUCAUUUCCAACAAAAUUAUAUUUCUACCUAGAAAAAUAUUUUUUACUAGAAUUAUUUUGAAUUCUUUUUUCGAAUAAAUCUAUCUUUAUAUAGUAAAAAAAAUAUCCUUAUAAAAGCCUUUCCUUACCAAAACAACUCUUCGAGCUUACAAAAUCGUACCCAAACCAAUGUAAAUACAUGAUUUUUGCCUUAUUAACAAAAUUAAAUCAAUUUUUUAUUAUCUAUAUUGAACAAAAUUAUAUGAAAAAAAAAAUUAUUAUCUCGAUAAAAAAUUUU